UUAAGAUUUAUGGUUCAGUGAGUUGUCACUGACUGGCACAGCGGAACAACCAUAACCCGGUCGUAUAAUAAGCCUACGUUUUUCCGGUAUGGAAGCAAUUCCUAGCGCAGUUUGCCCUGUUUGCACCCGUCAAUAUCCGACCCCGUCGACGAUGGGUCUGAUAUCACCGUUGAACACCUGCAAAUUGGCGGCGAGGACGCUGAGGUGCUAAAGAUGCGACCACUGUCUCGCUCCGCGCUGCGGUUAUACGUCUGCCCGUCAUGUAGACACCACCUACAACCUGGGAGGCGGGCAUUUGCUUCCUCUUCGAGACCUCGUCAACCCCCAGACAUCUAUGAUAUUGUCUGCGUCGGCGGAGGACCCGCAGGCCUGGGUCUCGUGGCUGCUUUGCGGUCCUCUCCAGUAACCUCGAAACUUAGAAUUGCCUUGAUUGAAAGCCAGGAUCUCUCGAAAACCAGAGCUUGGAAUUUAGAUGCAACGCAAUUCUCCAAUCGCGUAAGCAGCCUCACGCCCUCCUCUGUGUCAUUCCUCAAAGACAUUGGAGUAUGGGCCCAUGUGGAUAUUUCCCGAGUGCAGCCAUACCACGAGAUGCACGUUUGGGAUGGAGAGACGGGCGCAAGCAUCUCAUUUGACUGGUCCCUCGAAUCGCGGUCAACACACGCGCAAACUAUCGCGACGAUGACGGAGAACCUGAACCUGACCCGCGGUAUGAUCGCAAGUAUAGAGUCGUCGGGGAAUGACGUGUCCAUCUUCUCCAAUACCUCAGUGUCUGAAAUCAACAAUGGGGAGGAUUACACUGAUGGCCCAGACCUUUCCUCCUGGCCUGUUUUGACCCUUAAACAUACCUCACCGACAUCAAACCUGCCCCCGCCACCCACCAUUGCCACUCGUCUGCUUGUAGGGGCAGACGGCAUAAACAGCCCCGUCCGAUCAUACGCGGCCAUAUCGACAGAUGGCUGGGACUACGACCGCCACGGCGUGGUGGCCACUUUGAACAUUUCCCCACAGGGGCAUACCACCGGCCCACCUAUUAGAGCUGCGUAUCAACGCUUUCUCCCUGGUCUGGGAGGCCCUGUCGCUUUCCUCCCACUCCCCAACAACCACGCUACCCUAGUCUGGUCCACUACCGUAAGGAAUGCAGCGUAUCUCAAAUCUCUCCCUGCAGAUGCGUUUAUAGCUAUGGUGAACGCUGCUUUCAGAUUGUCCAUGGUAGACUUAAAGUACAUGUUCACUCUCCCCUCCUCAUCAUCACCAGAGUCGCCCACGGACUCCACGGACCCCGCUUCAGCAGCCCCAUCAACUGAACACGCCGAUGAACUGGCCUGGCGACUUCAACACACCCCAACCCCAUCCUAUGUCCCACCAACCGUUACCUCCGUCCAACCUGGAACGGUAGCCUCUUUCCCCCUCCGUCACCGUCACGCGUCAACCUAUAUCUCUCCCCGCAUCGCCCUAGUCGGGGACGCCGCGCACGUAAUUCAUCCACUAGGCGGGCAGGGUCUAAAUCUCGGCAUAGGUGAUGUAGCCUCUCUCUUCCGCGCAAUUGAAUACUCGGUCCGUCACGGUAUGGACAUUGGCGACCUUCUUAGUUUGGAACGGUACGCUGCCGAGCGAUACCUUGUCAAUGCUAAGAUAGGUGGGGCGGGUGAUCUGCUACAUAAAGCGUAUAAUGUAGCUGGUAACGGGCCGGUUGCAUGGGGUAGGAGCUUCGGGCUGAACAUGGUUGACCGCUUGCCCUCACUAAAGGGCUUUAUUAUGAAGAUUGCUGCUGGAGCGUAGAUGCUCUUGCGGGUUAUUUCUCUGCUCUCUCGCUGGGUAAUGAGCCCUAAUGAUAUGUAUACCAUAUUGUAUUUUAUUUUUGGUUUUGAAACCUAAACGGCAAGAUGGUUUUCUCGGUCUGUUAGAACGAUUUAUCUCCUUUGUAUGGUAUGUGUAUUUAUUAUGCGGCACAUUACAAUCUCUUUGUGGAAAUCGAUCUGCGAUUCUAAAGUUCUGCUUAGAGGCGACAAAACUGCCUACGGCCAUAUCUAUACCUUGACGUAUCCGAAAUAGUAAAACACAGCGGGAACGAAAGGCAAAAAUGCAUUUAUCUCGCAAAAUAAUAACGGUGCAGGGGGUGGGGGUGACACCGUAGAGCGAUCUGCUUUCUCCCUGUCUUCCCUCCCAAAUUCCACAUCUACGGACAGGCAGAAGCACAAACCCCCUCUAUUGCCCCUUAACAUCUAAAUCUUCUAUCUUCUUCACAAUCCCCGCCUCAUCAGCAUCAAUUGCCGAGGCUGCAGCGGCGGCUGCAGCAGCAGUCUUCUUCCGCUCCAAUCGCUCCUUUACUUCCUCCGCUAACGUCGAUAGAUUAACCAAUACGCCAUCCUUUUCCGGGUGUCCCUUGUCCAGUCCCAUCUCCUUGACACGUACCUGGCCAGCGGCUAGCUCGUCCUCGCCAAGAAUGACAGCGAAGGGCACCGCGUUGGCUUCGGCAGCGUCGAAUUGUUGGAUGGGUUUUGGCUUGCGCUUGUAGGAGAAUUCGACCUGGAUUCGGGGGGUUAUGUGUUAGCGGGAGCGUAAUACAUGCACAUAUAUAUGCAAAUGCAAAAGUUUAACGAGCGCCGUUGUUUUCCCUUACCUUAAGGCCAGCAUCCCAUAGACUCCUGGCGACUUCCAUUCUCUCCUUGAGUAGGCCGGUGAAGCCCUUCCCGCCAAACGCCAUAACGUAAACGUCAACGUCGCAGAGCUUGUUGGGGCGGUUAUUCUCUCCCAUUCGCGCCUUGGUGAUUGAAAAAAUUCUGUCGACUCCAAACGAAAUGCCUACGCAGGGAAUCUGUGCCCUGCUUGAGAACAUACCAACAAGCUCGUCAUAUCGGCCACCAGCAGCAAUGCUCCCAACUCCUAUCGAGGGGUCAUUCGAUCGGUCAUCGUCAUCAUCAUUCUUGGCUUUGCCUUUACUCUUCUUCUGUAUAUUUUGAGCUUCCUCGCCUGCUGAGGGGGCGGCAGGGGGUGCUGAUCCUUCCGUGACGACUUCGUAGAUAACACCGGUAUAGUAAUCCAGGCCACGGGCUAGACUCAUGUCGAAAGAUAUUUUGUCCAGAAUAUCGAAUGCUUCGAGAUAGUCCAUCAGGAGGGCCAUUUCCUCCAACCCAGUCUUGGCAGAUAGGUUUGCGAGGAGCGCUUCGUCUGACAGUAGUGACUCUACCAACUCCCGCCCGCCUUUCUGGACCACAUAUGUUUCUAUCUUAUCCGCAACGGCGCUAUCGAGUCCCUUCUCCUCGACCAUUUCCCGCCGCACGUCCGCCCAUGGCAUCUUGUCAAGCUUAUCAACGGCGCUGGAGAUAGUCCGUAUCUUCUCCUUCGGCACACCGCAGACCUCGAAGAGCCCAUCCAGAAUCUUGCGAUGGUUAAUCUUGAUAGUGUACCUCCCCUUCCAUCCCAACUCCUCAAACACCUCAGUCGCAAUCCUCAGGAUCUCCGCGUCGGGCACCAUGGGAUCAUAAUUGGCACCUGCAAAGUCGAUAUCACACUGAUAAAACUCGCGCAUGCGGCCCUUGGACAUAGCCGGCUGGUCACGUCGGUAUACCUUGGCGAUAUGGUAGCGUUUUAUGUUGCGCACAUUGGGGUUCAUAGCGAGCCAUCUGGCGAAGGGGACUGUCAGAUCGUAGCGGAGUGAGCACAGCUCUCCACCCUGGUCUUGCAGGUCGUAUAUGAGUUUUGAGUCUUCGCCAUAUUUGCCCGCGAGGAUAUCGCGCAGCUCGAAGACGGGGGUAUCAAGGGAGGUUGCGCCGUGGCGCUUGAAAACUUCGGUGAUGGUGCUGAAGAUCCGAUCGCGGAGGAGGCCGUCGGAGCCAAACCAGUCCUUAGUGCCCUUGGGGGUUUUCAGGUUGAAAGAUACUUUUUCCUUGCCCAUUGCGUCUGUGGAAUUAUUGUUAUUACCGUGAUAGAGGCACUGUUGGUGAGUGUGGGGGGAUGGAGGGAUGGCGGGGUUGGCAGACAAGGCAAUGCGCGUUGGGCAACGAGAGAAGCGGGUCAGGCUGCGGAAGUGUUGUUGGGGGCUUGAGAAUGCAAGUCGACCAGUGUGCAGAAGACCCGAAGCUCGGGAGGCCCUCAUUCAAGAUGGUCCGGAAUUAAACAAGAAUUUCUGAAAAUC